AUGUCGGAAGCUCAACGCCCCAAAGUCGGUGUCGGCGUCAUCAUCCACGACGAGGCUGGCAACAUCAUCAUGGGCGAGCGCGCAGGCAGCCAUGGCGCUGGCACAUUCCAAUGUCCCGGCGGCCACCUCGAAUACUCCGAAUCCUUCGCCGAAACCGCCGCCCGCGAAGUGCUUGAAGAAACCGGUCUGCAAGUCGGCAACAUCAAGUUUCUAACUGCUACAAACGAUGUGUUUGGCGAGGGCAAGCAUUACGUUACUAUUUUUGUCACGUGUACGAUUACUGGGGAGGAUAAGGUGGCUAAGCCGAUGGAACCGCACAAAUGCGCGGCGUGGGAGUGGGUGCCGUGGAGUCAGAUGUGGGCUUGGGCCGGGGAGCAAGCGGCGGCUGAGAAGGAAGGUAGGGAGGUCAAGAGGAAGAUGUUUUUACCGCUUGUGAAUCUUUGGAGGGAGUAUCCGGAUUUAGAGUUUGCGUUGGGUGGGGAGAGGUAA